AUGCUUGAGCUAACAUGUAAAAGAAGCUCGUCUGGAGGCUUGCAUGCAGCCUGUGCUGAAAUAGUGUCCAUACUAAAGGAGGAUGCCGAGCACAAGGUGAAAAUCAAGGACCUCGUGCAAAAGAUGGCGAAAAAGCACGGGCUAAAAGACACGCCCAAACUGUCGCAGAUACUUUCUACUAUUUCCGAGGAAGACGCUGCUGUUAUUUCGCGUCUUAAGGUCAAGCCUGUAAGAACAGCGUCUGGAGUUGCCGUGGUUGCAGUAAUGGCUAAGCCGCACAGGUGCCCGCACAUUGCAGUUACAGGAAACAUCUGCGUGUACUGUCCAGGGGGGCCGGACUCAGACUUUGAGUACAGCACGCAGUCGUACACGGGGUAUGAGCCCACGAGCAUGCGGGCAAUUCGGGGAAGAUACGACCCCUAUAGACAGAGUGUAGACAGGCUGAAGCAACUGGCUCUUCUCGGGCACAAUAUAGACAAGGUCGAGUACAUUGUAAUGGGAGGGACUUUUAUGUCUCUGGACAAGGAGUACAGAAACUGGUUCAUAAUGAAGUUGCACGACGCCCUCACAAAAAGAGAGUCGCAUACGCUUGAGGAAGCCAUCUUCUUCAGCGAGAGAAGCACGAGCAAGUGCGUCGGGAUAACGAUAGAAACACGCCCGGACUUUUGCAUGGAGAGACACUUGAACGAUUUGCUCUCGUAUGGAUGCACGCGCCUGGAAAUAGGCGUCCAGAGCGUCUUUGAAGACGUGGCUGUGGACACGAACAGAGGGCAUUCUGUGCAGGACGUGUGCGAGUCUUUCAAGCUGACGAAAGAUGCGGGGUACAAAAUAGUCACGCACAUGAUGCCAAAUCUCCCGAAUGUGGACAUGGACAGAGACCUCCUGCAGUUCCACGAAUUCUUCAGCAAUCCCAGGUUUCGCACAGACGGACUCAAAAUAUACCCUACGCUUGUGAUUCGGGGGACAGGGCUGUACGAGCUCUGGAAAAACGGGAAGUAUUCGAACUACUCGCCAAACGAGCUGAUAGACUUGCUGGGGAAGAUAUUCACGAUGGUCCCGCCCUGGAUCCGGAUAUACAGAGUGCAGAGAGACAUUCCCAUGACGCUGGUCAGCUCAGGGGUCGAGCACGGAAACAUCAGAGAGAUUGUUCUCUCCCGGCUGAAGGAGCAGGGCCUUUCCUGCAGGGACAUACGGACGCGAGAGGUGGGGAUAAACAACAUACACACAAACGAACUCCCCGAGAAGGUUGAGCUCGUGAGGAGAGACUACGUUGCAAGCGAGGGGUGGGAGACUUUCCUCUCGUACGAGGACACGGCCAAGGACAUCCUCGUGGGCCUGCUGCGGCUGAGAAAGUGCGGGCCCUCAACGUUCAGGAAAGAGCUCCUGGGAGGAGUCUCCAUAGUCAGAGAGCUGCACGUGUACGGAAGCGUGGUGCCUGUAAAGGGGAAAGACUUCUCGAAGUACCAGCACCAGGGAUACGGGAAGAUGCUCGUAGGAGAGGCUGAGAGAAUUGCAAGGGAGGAGCACGGCUCAAGGAAGCUCGCCAUAAUAUCCGGGAUCGGAACAAGAAAUUACUACAGGAAGCUCGGGUACGAAAUAGACGGGGUGUACAUGUCCAAGGACCUGUAG